AAGGUGAAGAGCUGGACAAAAUGAUUCAGCAGCAAACCACCCCCCUCCCCAGCACCAAGCAGGCAGCCCCCUAGCCCCACCCCUGCCCCUUGCCCAGGGUGUUUUGCAGGGCGGGGUUCCACGCUGUAGCCCCAGCACCUGCCCCUGAGCUGGGACAGCCCACUGCCCUGUGCUGCUGGAGAAGGCUCAGCAUGGGUACAAACCACUGCCCUCAACUGCCUGAGAAGAAUUGGCAUAGCCACCCACCACUGCCCCGCACUGCCCCCACCCGGGCAGCCAUGCGGGCGGCUGGAACUCUACUGGUCUUCUGCUGCCUGUUCUUGAGUGCCACCGGGGGCCCUUCCCCAGGUAUCUGUUCCCAGGACCUUAAGUCAGGUGUGAAGCCAGGAUUUCCCCAAACAAUAAAGACCAACGACCCAGGAGUCCGCCAAGCAGCCAGACACAGUGUUGAGAAGUUCAACAACUGCACGAACGACACCUUCCUGUUCAAGGAGUCCCGCAUCAGAAAGGCCCUGGUCCAGAUAGUGAAAGGCCUGAAAUACAUGCUCCAGCUGGAAAUUGGCAGAACUACCUGCAAGAAAAAGCAGCACCCACGUCUAGAUGACUGUGACUUCCAAACCAACCACACCUUGAAGCAGGUAAAGCAGCGGGCCCUUCUGAGAUGUACCCUCUUCCCCAGCCCACUCACUACCAGGGCUGUGAAAAACACCCUGUCACCACUUCUCUAAGGCACCACUCCAAACCUCACCCCUGAGGAAGCCCGGCCUCCCAGCCUCCCGGCCUCCCAGCCUCCCACACGACCAAGGAUCCAGGAGAGCGGGAGGCAGAGUCUGUGCUAGGAGCUCCUCAGACGACAUCCUCCCUUCCCGGAGGUGGAGACACAGCUCCAGAGGAGAGUUCCGAGGUGCAAGCAGAGAGGGUUAGAGCAAGAAAAGCUUUCAAACAAUCCAGAAAUUAUAUAUAUCUUUGACAUAUAGCAUAUCUCUGCAGAGAGACCAAGAAAAAGGAAACAUGGCAACAUUUAGCAAUUAUAAAUCUAGAGGCGAAAAGCAUAUCUUCUUAAAUCAUUCUGUCAAGGUUUCUGUAAGUUUGAAAUUUUUCAAAAUGAAAACUAGGGGCAGGAGAAGAGCUCCUCCAUGAGGAACCCUUCCAAGGGCAGAGGGCUCCCCAGGGGGCAAGUCAGAACCCUUGGUGUGCCCUUCUCUGUUUCAGACUCUGAGCUGCUACUCUGAAGUCUGGGUCGUGCCCUGGCUCCAGCACUUCGAGGUACCUGUUCUCCAUUGUCACUGAUCCCCACCUCUUCAGCAAGACCAACAGCUGUGACAAACACCAGGGAGCGUCCCCUCCCACCCGCCUCAUGACCCGGCCUCACAGACCAGCUCGGGCCUCUCCCAAGUGAACAGAUGCAGUGCUGCGGGUCACUGCAGGGCGGCUGGGAUGGGAGCAUGCUGGCACCUCCUAACAGAUUAAAUAGAUCACAUUUGCUUCCAAAAUUAA